CAGUCGCAGCUCAGCUCUGAGCCCGGUAGGUUGUGUGGCAUCGCUUGCUUGAGCUUUUCCCCCAACCGCAUUUUAUAUUUGUUCACAAGUCGCUAUUCAAUUACAAGUUUUUGCUAUUUUCUCGUUUACUCCCCGUUAACUAAAACCAAAAAACAAAAUGCGACGCUUAGACGCUUUUGGUGUCAUCGCUAGUGCGGUUCUGGUGCUCCUAUUACAAAUGGCCGAACCAGUCAAAUGCGAAGGUCAAUACACCAUUGUUGGCCCGGGAACCAUACACUCGAAUCGCGACUACAAUGUUGCUGUGGCUGUGCACCAUACCAAGGAGCCGGUUACGUUGAAGGUUGGGAUUACGGGUCCGUCGUACAAUGACACCCAAACGGUUGAGUUGGCCAACGCUGAUGAGCCCAAGCAGAUCACCUUUAAGCUGCCCCCGUUGGUGUCGGGUGACUAUAACCUAACCGCCGAGGGUGUGUCCGGGCUGGAUUUUAAAAACUCCACGAAACUCAACUGGGAGAAAUUCCGGCCGUAUGUGACACUGCAAACGGACAAGGGCAAAUAUAAACCUGGCGAUAUAAUCAAUUAUCGCGUCCUCUUCCUGGACGAGAAUCUGAGGCCGACGGAUGCCGAUGAUGAAGUUGUUGUAUGGUUCGAGGAUUCAAAAAAAAAUCGCAUUAAGGAACUGAAGCACAUCAAGACCCGCACCGGUGUCUAUACGGGCAAAUUUGAAUUGUCCGAUUUCGCCACAUUGGGCUCGUGGACACUGACCACUCAGAACGGGAAUCCCUUUGAGAAUGAGCGCGCCUACUUCAAUGUGGAGAAAUAUGUGCUGCCUAAGUACAUCGUGAAAAUGGAUGCCACACAGCAGGUGUCUGUCCGGGAUGGCGACAUGCAGGUGGUAAUCAAGGCCAAUUAUACAUACGGCAAACCGGUUAAUGGGAAAGUUGUGCUCAAUCUGCACACGGAUGAGUCGAGCACUUGGAGCAAUGUGGAUGGCAAAACUGUGCGCACAGACACACCGGGACAUGCAAUUAUUCGUUCCGCUGACAUGGUCAAUGGCAAGGCCAAGUUUGAUAUUAAUGUUAAGGAAUUUGCCAGCUAUUUGCCGCACAAGACAUCAUCGACAUAUGCCCAGAUCCUGGCCACCGUUGAGGAGGAAUUUACGGGUGUUCAGCUCAAUGAAACGUCUGGCACGCAAAUAUUCCCCUAUCGCUAUGAAAUGUACUGUGCGGACUAUCAGAGCUGCUACUCCUUUAAGCCGGACCAGGAGCACCAGAUGAUCUUUAAGAUAAGCCUAGUGGAUGGCACACUGCUCCAGGACACUAAGACGCCGGUGAAGGUCAAGUUCACAGAGGGCAUUCGUCGCAGCCAUUACGGUGACGAAUCGGAAUUGCCAAAAAUUGAGAAUAAAACCCUGGAAUUCGAGAGCCAUCUAAAUGAGUCCAGUCUAGCUGUCUUUAAUUUGGUGCUGCCCGAUCUGCCGGACAUGGAGAACUACACCCGUUACUACACCAUCCAGCUAGAGUUUGAGGACGAACAGCGUCAAUUGUACACAACCUAUCCGUAUAGGGAGCCCAAGAAGGUUGAGAAAACUCCCGACGAAAUCGAGAAGGCAAGUGAAUGGUUCAACCUCGACGUACAACGUCCCAACAAGGACAUUUGGGGUCUCACAAUCGGUCAGGAAUAUCAGGUGACCCUCAACUCGAGUCGUCCGCUCAAAUACUUUGUGUACAACAUCAUCGGACGUGGCAAUGUUCUGCACACAGAACGCGUUGUGCUCAGUGAACCAAAAACCGUGUAUAAUAUUAGUAUGACGCCGUCAUUCUAUACGACACCCUAUGGCAAGAUGUAUGUCUACUAUGUGGAUGACACUGGCGAAUUUCGUUAUGCCGAGACAACAUUCCAUGUGAUUGUCAAGUUGCAGAAUCAAAUUAAUAUCACCGCACCCGCCGAGGUUAAGCCCGGCGCCGAGGUUGAGCUGGAGAUUAGGACAGCACCAAUGUCAUUCGUUGGCCUAAUGGCCGUCGAUCAGAGUGUUCUGCUCUUGGGCAGCAACAAUGAUAUCAGCAAAAAUUCAUUUUCAUGGCGCCUCAGUCGCUACAGUACCUAUACAGCCUGGCAGGGUGGCUAUUCUUACUAUCCGGGCGAACGCAGCGGCGUUGUCACCAUGACCAAUGCCAACUUCUUCUAUGAUCGCACUCCACCCAAAUAUGGUAUAGGCUUUCAGUCAAUCGCCCAUCGCAAGACAGCAAUGGUAGCGAGUGAUGGUCUGCAAACAACCGCUGCGGCUUUUGGUGCUGCACCUGCAGCUCAUUUCGCUGAGUCAGGUGUUGGUGUUGGUAGUGCUGGUACUGCUGCUAAUGCUCCUGUCGUGCGCAAGAACUUUGUGGAGACCUGGAUAUUCGACGAUAUCGAGAAUACCAAGACAGAAAUCUUCAAAUGGGUGAAGAAAAUACCGGAUACAAUUACAAGCUGGGUGGUGACAGCAUUUGCCGUGCAUCCGGAGAAGGGUUUGGCCGUCACCGACGAUCAGCUUAAAAUCAAAACGUUCCAGCCGUUCUUUGUGUCCGUCCGUCUGCCGUAUUCUGUGAAACGUGGCGAGGUAAUCAAUGUGCCCGCUCUCGUCUUCAACUAUCUGCCCAAGAACCUUGAUGUGGAGGUCUCGCUGGACAACGAGGACAACGAAUACGAUUUUGUGGAUAUCUCAAACGAGGUGAUUGGCGAACAGAAGCGUUCCCAAACGGUGCGUGUGGAAGCCAAUUCGGCAGCCGGUGUAAAUUUCCUGCUGCGUCCAAAGAUCAUUGGCAGCAUACUGUUGAAGUUUACGGCAAUUUCACCGCUGGCCGGCGAUGCUAUCCACAAGACGCUCAAGGUAGUGCCCGAGGGCGUCACCGAGUAUCGGAAUCGUGCCUUCUUCGUCAAUCUGAAGGAUGUGCACGAGCAUAAGGACACCAUCGAGCUGGACUUGCCCGAUGAUAUUGUGCCCGAUUCGCAGCAUGUUGAAUUCGGUUUCGUUGGCGAUCUGCUCGGUCCGGUCGUCAAGAAUAUGGAACAUUUGCUCCGUUUGCCUAGCGGCUGCGGUGAACAGACAAUGUCCGCAAUGGUGCCCAACUAUCUAGUCCAUGACUAUCUGAACAGCCUGAAUAAGCUAACGCCCGAACUGGAGAAACGCAUCAAGCGCAAUUUGGAGCAGGGCUAUCAGCGUAUGUUCCACUAUCGUCAUGACGAUGGCAGCUACAGUUCCUUUGGUCCUGGCAAGUGGCGCGAGGAGGAUCCGGAACGCAAUGGCUCCACCUGGCUGACAGCGUAUGUGCUGAGCUCCUUUGCCCAGAUGAAGAAUAUCAUCAAGGUGGACGACAACCAACUGGACAGCAGCUAUCAAUUCCUCAUCAAUCAUCAGGCGGAGAAUGGCAGCUUCUUUGAGAAUGGCGAGUAUUUCUAUACCUCGCAGAGUUCCAGGUUGUCCAUGACGGCCAAUGUGCUAUUGGCUUUGAUGGAGCAACCGAAACCUAAUCAGACAGCCAUCGAUAAGGCUGUAGCCUAUCUGAGUGCCGAGACAAAUGCGGUGAAUACGAAGGAGGAACUAUUGCCCCGGGCAAUUGCCACGUAUGCCCUGCAGAAGGUGAAGGCUGCCGAUGCUGGCAAGCAUGUGGCCACACUGAAGGCACUGGCCAAGACCGAGGACGAUCGCACCUGGUGGGCCGAGGAUGAUCAAAAGGUGCGUUUCGGCAAAUGUGACCGCUGGUGUUACUGGAUUUUCAGUCGCGACAUCGAGAUCACCUCAUAUGCCCUGCUCGCACUGCUCGAAACGGAGCAAGAGACGCCAGCCUCGGUGCUGAAUUCGAUACGCUGGCUGGUGGCGCAACGGAAUAGUUAUGGUGGCUUCUCCUCCACACAGGACACCAUUGCUGGCCUCCGGGCACUCAUUAAGUUCGCUAAAAAGUCCGGCUAUGAGCCGGCCAGAUGGGAAGUGUCCAUCUCCAAUCAGGGUCUGCGCGAGAAAACGGAAAAACUUCAACUGAACGCUGACAAUGAUUUGCUGCUGCAAACCGUCGAAUUCCCGCAGGGCACCAAGUCGCUGUCGUAUGAGGCCAAGGGUACUGGUGCCGCUCUGCUGCAGAUCGCCUACCAGUACAAUAUAAUUGAGAAGGAUCCAAAGCCGAGCUUCAGGAUUGAAACGAUCAUCAAGCCAGAAUCGCCGCCAUCCAAACUGGAGUUGAGCGUGUGCGUUGAGUAUGUCGAGGAGGGCAAGGCCAAGGCAUCCAAUAUGGCCAUAUUGGAGGUGUCCUUGCCAUCCGGUUUCACGGUCGACGAGGACAGCUUCAAGGAAAUUCAAGCAGUUAAGGGCGUCCGGCUGGUUGAGACCAAAAAUGAUGACUCUAUGGUGGUCAUCUACUUUGAGAGCCUGGCCAAGGGCGAAGUCACCUGUCUGCCCAUCGAGGCCUUGAAGACCCAUUCCGUUGCCAAUCAGAAGCCUGCCCCGAUUGUCCUUUACGAUUACUACGAUACGAACAAGAAGGCCACCGAAUAUUACCAAAUCGAGUCCAAGCUGUGCGACAUUUGUGAAGGCUCCGAUUGUCCAAAGUGCUGAGAGCAGGAUCCAAUCUUAAAUAGUUCUAUAUGCUUAUAUAUGCAAACGAAAUAAAAAAAAAUUAACUUUUGUGAUUAUUUAAUGUAAAA